ACACAAAGGUCUUCCGUUCACGCCCCCGUUAGCUCCUCUCCACGCUUUCCUCUUUCUUGCUCCUAUUUUCUGGUUCCGGCGAUCGCUGAAACCUUAAUCCUAACCCUAGAGAAGGGCAUAUCCGGCGAAGAUGAGGGAGAUCCUCCACAUCCAGGGCGGCCAAUGCGGGAACCAGAUUGGGGCCAAGUUCUGGGAGGUGAUCUGCGACGAGCACGGGAUCGACCACACCGGCAGGUAUUCCGGCGACUCCGACCUCCAGCUCGAGCGGAUCAACGUCUACUACAACGAGGCCAGCGGUGGCCGCUACGUCCCCCGCGCGGUGCUCAUGGAUCUGGAGCCUGGGACCAUGGAUUCCCUGAGAUCUGGGCCUUUCGGCCAGAUUUUCCGCCCGGAUAAUUUUGUCUUUGGGCAGUCCGGGGCCGGGAACAACUGGGCUAAAGGGCACUAUACUGAGGGCGCGGAGCUCAUCGACUCGGUUCUUGAUGUCGUGCGGAAGGAAGCCGAGAAUUGCGAUUGCUUGCAAGGAUUCCAGGUUUGUCACUCUUUGGGAGGAGGAACUGGAUCUGGCAUGGGCACCCUUCUCAUCUCUAAGAUCAGAGAGGAGUAUCCAGAUCGCAUGAUGUUGACAUUCUCUGUUUUUCCAUCGCCGAAAGUGUCAGACACUGUUGUAGAGCCAUACAAUGCCACUCUAUCUGUUCAUCAGCUUGUUGAAAAUGCUGAUGAAUGUAUGGUUCUUGAUAAUGAAGCUCUUUAUGACAUUUGCUUCCGCACCCUGAAGCUUGCAACCCCUACCUUUGGUGAUCUUAAUCACCUAAUCUCUGCCACCAUGAGCGGUGUUACAUGCUGUCUCCGAUUCCCUGGUCAGCUAAACUCUGACCUCCGGAAGCUUGCAGUCAACCUGAUCCCAUUCCCUCGCCUCCACUUCUUCAUGGUAGGCUUUGCUCCCCUUACCUCAAGGGGUUCCCAGCAGUACAGAGCACUCACUGUCCCUGAGCUCACCCAACAGAUGUGGGACUCGAAGAACAUGAUGUGUGCUGCUGACCCUCGGCAUGGCCGCUACCUCACUGCUUCAGCCAUGUUCCGUGGGAAGAUGAGCACGAAGGAAGUUGAUGAACAGAUGAUCAAUGUCCAGAACAAAAACUCUUCCUACUUUGUUGAGUGGAUCCCAAAUAAUGUCAAGUCCAGCGUGUGCGACAUCCCACCGAAGGGGCUAAAGAUGGCAUCCACUUUUAUUGGUAACUCAACCUCCAUUCAGGAGAUGUUCCGGAGGGUCAGUGAACAGUUCACAGCCAUGUUCAGGAGGAAGGCUUUCUUGCACUGGUACACAGGUGAGGGUAUGGAUGAGAUGGAGUUCACUGAGGCUGAGAGCAACAUGAAUGAUCUGGUGGCAGAGUACCAGCAGUACCAGGAUGCAACAGCAGAUGAGGAAGAGUACGAGGACGAGGAAGAAGAGGAGGCUGCAGCUUGAGUUACAUUCUCUUUCUGAUCCAGUUUUUUUUUUUUUCCUCUCACAUUUCAGGUUGUUGCUAUGACAGGGUUUUAAUUACGUUUCCAAUAUCGGAGGACAUGCUUUCUAUAUCUAUGGUUGUAUUACUCUUUGUAUUGAAGUGAUGUUUAUGGUGUUCAGAGCAAUGAGUUUGUUAGGUCAGGGCAUUUUAUGGAAUUUGGGGAUUUUGUCAGCUUCAUCUGUACCUGAUUGUUUAUAAUCUCAACCAAGGAUGAUGGAAUGUGUAAUGGGUUAUCCCUUUGUUGAGCG